UGUUCUUGUGAGGGAACUCAAAAGAACAAUGAAUCCCAGAUUUAUCCAUCUACCAACCACACCCUCUUUUAAUUAACGGUCAGUUUCAUUCAUAAAAUGAGCCAAGAACAAACUUUCAUUGCUAUUAAACCCGACGCUGUUCAACGUGGACUUAUUGGUCCUAUUAUUACCAGAUUUGAACGUCGAGGAUACAAGCUUCGUGCUAUCAAAUUGCUUGUCCCUGAUCGUACUCUCCUUGAGAAGCAUUAUGAAGAACACAAAGGAAAACCUUUUUUCGAAAAGCUCGUCGGAUUCAUGGGAUCCGGUCCUGUUUGUGCCAUGGUCUGGGAAGGUAAAGAUGUAGUCAAGACUGGUCGUGCUAUGCUUGGUGCAACUAAUCCUUUGGCCUCUGCUCCCGGAACCAUUCGUGGUGACUAUGGUAUUGAUCUUGGAAGAAAUGUCUGCCAUGGCUCAGAUUCCGUUGAUAGUGCAAAGCAUGAAAUCAGCCUUUGGUUCCAACCUGCCGAAAUUCAACAAUACGACCGUGCCAUUGAAGGUUGGAUUUAUGAAUAAAGUAAUGUUCUUGUCUUCCAUGCUCAGUCUACUUCUUACGAUUCUACUAAUAAAGCUAGACCAUGAGACCAUAAAUACACUAGUUAUCGUUCAUUUCAAUUUUUCCCAAUAAGAUUGUUAUGAAAUUUAAGUGAAUAGUAGUUCAAAUCCUCUUUCCAUACAAAAUUCUGCUUUCAAACUUCAGGGAUUAUCAGUAAAAGUAAUUCUGAAAAACGCCUUCUGCAACAAUAAGCAGCAGGGUCAACUGGUCGAUCUGGAUGUAAUAGAAGCCUUGAUAGUUUUACAAAAAUAUUACAUAGCUCAUCUGUUUCUUGGCCCACCUCGUUCGACUGAAACACUGAGCCUGAUUUCGUCGAGAACCUUCUUUCCAUAACACUUGCAAACACGUCUUUUUUACAAGUUGAUUCUUCGAUUUGUAAAAUCUCCAGUACAUCUUCGGUAAAUACAUCCUGAAGAAAUUGUUCUACAGUUCCAUCAAUAUCUAUAUUAUCACGGACCGGCAUUAUUUCUUUCUUAAAAAAGCUCGAGUUAGUAUUCACAUUAAUUGCAUCGACGAGCAAUGUUUGCAUCUCAUUAUGCAAAGAUAUAAUAUAGUUUAGACAUGUCUGUAUCAACACAUAAUGACCAUAUGCUACUUUCCAUUGCGGUUUUUUUUGUUUAAGAAGUAGCGAACACUUAGCAGAUUCAAGGUUAUGAAUCAAAGAACUUAGCCCUAAAAGGGGAGCAUUCUUUUGUGAGCUUUUGUUUUCAAUUCCCCAAAAUGAGAUAUUUAAUUUUUUUGUCUGAAAACAUAUUUCUAAUUGCACUAAUACUUCUGCAAAAGACAAAGCAUUUUCAUAUAUGAAAGAACUCUCUAUAUGUUUUAAAAAAUUCUCGUAAUCUUUCUCAAAAUCCGGCUGCUUCAUCAACGAAAUAAUUUGCUUCAUAUAUCGGGGAACUUUCUCAACGUGCAGACGAUUUGCAAAUUGAUAUAACCAUCGAAAAACGGCCACGCAUGAAGAUUUAAAUAAGUAAUUAUAUGCAUCCGUCUCAUGUUUCUGUUGCUUCAAAACGUCAAGCUUUUCCAUAACAUCCCAAACGGUAGUUGAAGCGUUUAUAAUCUCUAAGUAGUUUUUCAAACAAAAAAUAAUAGGGGAUAAAUCCAUAUACGCUUGAAAUAAAGUCGACUUAGUUGAAACACAGUAUAUUUCAUACUCCAACCCAUGCAAACGCUUUUGCAACUCUGCUAAACAAGUUUCCAAAGGCUCCUUUAGAUAGGGCAAAAUAAUCUCUUUUCUUACAAUUUCAGAGGGCUGAUGUAAAUUCACAUGACCUACAUUCGCUUCUGCUAAAUCUUUUAGAAGAUUUCGAUAAUUGGUUAAACAAGAGCCAUGGCUUGCAAAAACAUCUAGGACACUGUACACUGAUUUCUGAGUAAGUGAAUUCACUUUAGGUAGUAUCUGAUGUCUGACCUCUAUGGUUCCAUCAUCGCAAAUUUGAAAGAAAGAACUAGGGAGGCCGUGUAGCAUAUAAAUAACGUCCUUCAUAAACCAUCUUUCGGAGAUAUUCUUUCCCUCUAAAUCACUACUCCCGUCGAAAAACAUGAAUGGCUUCACCCUUCUAAAACUUGCAAUGGCUUCUUUUCUGUCAUAGGGUAUAGAAGGGUGAUUUAAGGAUUGUAGAUUCCUUGCAUAAGGAUCAUCUGCGUAAGUAUUGUCUAUCUUUUGGCCUUCAUCUCUAGCUGGCGUAGAGCAGUGAGUAUCGCCAAUCGUUGAAUCAUCCAACUCUUCUUCUUCACUGGUUAUUUCCAUCCAAUCUGGUUCUUCCCAAUGAUCUCCACCAAGUGAAGAUAAUUCUUCAUUUAAUAGACGCGACUCAGUUUCGGCAUGCAAGUCUUCCCCCUCAUUUGUGGGUUCUGAGUUGGGUAUUUCCAGAGGAUUUCUUGAAAGUUCUAGUAACACCGUUAAGAAUUGAGAAUAUAAAAAUUCUUCCUUCAGGCUAAUAGUGUUUCGUUCGAGAUUUUUACAUGCGUUGACGAGAGGCACUUCCAAAUCCUCACGACCCAGGAUGGACAUCUUCUCAGAAACCCUGAAAAUUUGGUUAUUAUUGAAGAAUAGAAAAAUAAAGCAUCUUACCUAUAAAGUCUUUCCAUCACUUCACUAAACACCAAAGUACGACUCGGCGUACUAUGAAUGAUUUCUUGGCAUCUCUUGAGCCAUUUUUGAUCAGGUGCAUUACUUGUCCUUUUUAAGUUUUUCCAAAGAGAUUCCAAAGUGUCAAUAUUCUUCUUGGUAACCAUCAACUCCUAUACCAUAGAAUUUGCUUCACGCUUAAAUAAAUACCACCAAUUGAUUACUUUCCUUUCGAUAUCAUGAGAAUUAUUUGAAGUAUAUUGUAUAAAUUAUAGAUCAAUUGGUUACUAUUGAAUUUAACAACCAAUUUUUACAGUCGACUCAUGCGUGGUAGACAAACCACUCUUCAAAGCUUGCAGGGUCGAUAUUUGGAGUUCAAUAUACGGAAAAGCGUUCAUGUGAAAAAAUGCGAAAACUACUACUAAAAGCUUAAAAGGGCUUACUAAUAGGAGAAAAGCUAUAGAAGGAAUAAGUUUCAAAAUAAGAAAGUGUUAUUAUAGUAUUAACUUUUAGAAAAUUCCUAGAUUGGAAUGAUAAUAUGUACAAUAUGAAGCAAACAGACCAAACUUCCAGUCUUGAAAAACAACUAUCCAGCACUUGUUGGCAUACGGGUUAUUAGACAUAUGAAACAAAUCCACUAAAUAGUACUUCAUUAGAGGAGACUACACCAAAUAAGUUAGGUAGGAAAUAACCAAAUUAAAAUAACGGCGUUGAUAAAAGGAAAGCAAUUACAGCGUAGACUCAAGCCUUGUACGAAUGUUAACAUAAGUACUAGAAUCGUUAAACGCAAGUUUUCAAAAAGUCCGAUAUUUUUCUUUUUUGGUUUAAACAAGAGAGUGAGUUGUUCUUCAGAAAGCUCAAUACCCUUUCCUCUUAUUAUUCUUCCUUGGUAUUUUUUGCUCAAGCAUCACGAAAAUAAGUUUGUCCUUUAUAAAACGCAUACUAAGACCGA